AUGCUGUCCACUGGUGCGAGGCAGCCGCGCUGCACGUUGUGCGGCGCGGGGGCGGACGUGCACUGCCACGCCGACGCCGCGUUCCUCUGCGCGCCGUGCGAUGCCCAGGUGCACGGCGCCAACUCCCUGGCGUCCCGCCACCGCCGGACGCGCGUACCGCCCGAGCCCAACCCCGGGGUUGCGCGCCUACAUGCCGCCACAGCCGGCCGAACGCGUGUCUCGCCGCCCAGCGACGCCCGCGGCCGCUGCAGGGCCGAGCUCCAACUUUUGCCCAGGCGGAUAGGCCUGGAUGAGGGGGCUACGCGCCUGCGUGCCGCCGGAGCCUUCCGCACGCUCCGGGGCGAGUUCGCCGCUGCAGCGCCGCGCAUUCCGUUGCGCGUGGCGAUGGCGGCCGCGCUGUGGAGGGAGGUGGCGGCUCACGGCGGCGUCCACGAGCCCGGCAAAGCGCUCCAACGCCUAGCAGCCUGGGCGCACGUGCCAGCGAGUUCCCUUGUGACGGUGGCGAUCGGGCGCGCGCGCCAAGUAAGGACGGCCAUAGUGGACGUUGGGGAGGACACGGUCGACUGCGCGAUCGUGAGCCCACGCCAGACACCACAAGAGCUUAACUUAUUCAUUUAG